AUGAAACAUGUGGAAGAGGCUUUAACGAGUGACAGAGAAAAAGAAAUUGCUAUCAAAGAUAGAUAUCCUUUUUAUUACAAUACUUCCUGGUCAAAUUUUAAUAUCAUUACUAGAAAUAUGAGCUCCAGUGCAGAUGAAGAACUCUUUAUUGCAACAGAUAUUGAAGAUGUGUACACCAAUAGAAUUUAUGUAUUUGUGAAAUUAUCUCAACUCUAUCUUAAUUCUUCCAAGGAUACGUACUCCAAGUUAUAUUUAUUGAGAGUCUAUGAUCAACAAAUUGCAGGAAAUGAUUCAGAUGAAUAUAAUUUUGAUUUAACAGAUCAAGAGGUAUUCUUGCUUCCUGAUUAUUUAAAAUGUACUGCAAUGUCAGUGGACAGAUAUUCAAAAGUAUUACUACUCACAUUUGUACACCUAUCGAAUGCUAUUUCUACCCUAACGAAUACUCCUAGCUUUUGCCAAAGACUCUUUAUGAUCUCGACAUGGUAUGGAAAUUUAACUAUGAUCAAUAGUGAGGGAAUGCUUCUGGAGGACACUUGUUUGGGGUCAGGACUGGAUCCAACAGUUGGCAAUAGAGUAACCAACAAUAUUGAAGUCGAUAGUACUUCACGACUUGUAUAUAUAUUAUCUGCUGCGUAUAGUUACAUCAAUUACGAACCUAGAUUACUAAAGCUUAAACUAGUGGAUUCUGGUGCAGAUGUUCCAUCGUUGUCCUAUCAAGGAUGCCUUUUACUUGACUCCCUCAAUAAUUAUAUUAUACUGAAUAUUUACUCAGAAAUUUCUAAUGUAGGAAAUGUGGUGAAUCGAUUUUUGUACAUUGGAGUUCAUUAUUUAAGAAAGAAUGAAGAUAUUAUAACGACUGAGGUAAAACAAAUAGAUUUAGUUUCCUUCAAGGAAACCAAGUCUAUUAACAUUUUACCGAACGAACAGUCAGUGCAUUCCAACAUCAAAGUCUCAAAGAGUGAUGCGACCGAAAUAUUUGUGGUAGUGAAAUAUUAUUUGAAAGAAUUUUGUCUUAUUCAAAAAGUCGACAUGAUGCAAGGACAAAUUUAUUACCAAAGCUCAGGUGUGAGAUGUGAAGAUUUUCGUACGGGUGAUAUAUUGCUUGAUACCUCCCCAUUUGAUUUAUUCUUUGUGACAAACACUCAUAUUGACAACUAUUUGUCAUCGUUCAGUAUGGUGGGCGGACCUUUCAGCUCGAAAGAACCACCAGAAUACAAAGACUUUUCAAUUAAUGAUCCAAGGUUAAAUUUUCCUUACAGAGAUGAAAUCAUUUUGGCAAGCAAUCUCAAGUUAAGGUGGAGAUUUCUUUCUCUUGAUAGCUACACAACCUACGAACAUGAAGACGACUAUGGUUUCAUAAGAGAAUAUUAUCCUGUUAUUGCAAUAGUAUCCAUGGAGAGCGACAUGCCUUUCCAAAAGUAUUUGUUCAUUCUUUCCUCGAUAGAGAUUGAUGUUUCACCACCGUAUACCUCCUCUCAAAGUUUAUACAUUUUUGUUUACGAAAAUUGGUUCACCACUACUCUCGCCAGCGCUUUACUUUUGAUUGUUUUGAUCAUUUUGACUACUCUUUUGAUGAGAUGUGGUAUUAAGCGAGUCAAAAAGUGGAGAAAACGAGGUUUUGAGAGAAUUGAUGACUAA